ACAUGGAGAGUGUUGAAUUGGGCAUGGUUUAGGCCAAAAAGAUUGGAAAAUUGCUUAAGGCAAAGAGGUCUUAAAGGAAAUCCAUAUAAGUUCUUGUAUGGAGAUUUGGAUGAACUUACAAAAAGUAUAGUAGAAGCAAAAUCUAAGCCUAUUAACUUCUCUGAUGAUAUUGCUCCAAGGCUCGUCCCUUUUUUCCUCAACGCCAUGAACAAAAAUGGUAAAAGUUCUUUUGUUUGGCUAGGCCCAUAUCCAGUAGUGUUGAUCACAGAUCCUGAACAUGUAAAAGAAAUUUUCACAAAGAAUUAUGUGUACCAAAAGCAAACGCAUCCCAAUCCAUUUUCCAAGUUAUUGGCACAAGGCCUUGUAAGUCUUGAGGAAGACAAAUGGGCCAAACACAGAAAAAUCAUUAAUCCUGCUUUCCAUGUCGAGAAGUUAAAGCAUAUGCUACCAGCAUUUUAUCAGAGUUGUAGUGAAAUGAUAAGCAAAUGGGAGGAGGUUGUUCCAAGGGAAACAUCAUUCGAUCUCGAUGUAUGGCCAGACCUCCAAAUAAUGACUAGUGAAGUCAUUUCUCGAACUGCAUUUGGGAGUAACUAUGAAGAAGGAAGAAUAGUAUUUGAACUUCAGCAAGAACAAGCUGAGUAUGUAAUGGACAUAAGUCGUUCAAUUUAUAUACCAGGAUCAAGGUUCUUGCCUACUAAAAGGAACAAAAAAAUGCUAGAAAUCGAAAAGCAAAUCCAAACAACAAUUAGGCGCAUCAUCGACAAAAGAUUGAAGGCAAUGGAAGGAGGGGAGACUAGUAAAGAUGACUUAUUAGGCAUAUUACUUGAAUCCAAUUUGAAAGAAAUCCAACAACACGGAAGCAAAGGUUUCGGAAUGACAAUAUUAGAAGUGAUUGAAGAGUGCAAGUUAUUCUAUUUUGCUGGGCAAGAGACCACUUCAGUUUUGCUUGUUUGGACAAUGAUUUUGCUGUGCCUACAUCCAGAGUGGCAAGUACGAGCCAGAGAAGAGGUUUUGCAGAUCUUCGGAAAUGAUAAACCAGAUUUGGAAGGACUAAGUCGUCUCAAAAUUGUGACAAUGAUCUUGUUAGAGACGUUACGCCUGUUUCCUCCAUUACCAGUAUUUAGUAGAACAAACAAAGAAGAAGUCAACUUAGAGGAGCUGCAUCUACCAGCUGAAGUGCUACUCGUUAUACCCACAAUAUUAAUUCAUUAUGACAAGGAAAUAUGGGGUGAAGACGCGAAAGAAUUCAAUCCAGAAAGAUUCAGUGAAGGAGUGUCAAAGGCAACAAAAGGACAUGUCUCUUUUAUUCCAUUUGGAGGGGGACCUCGAAUUUGCAUUGGACAAAACUUUGCAAUGAUGGAAGCAAAAAUGGCAAUAGCAAUGAUACUAAGAAAAUUCUCCUUCGAACUCUCUCCAUCUUAUACACAUGCUCCAUUUGCAGUAAUUACUAUUCAUCCACAGUAUGGUGCUCCUCUACUUAUGCGCAAACUUUGAAAUAUAUGUUACUGAUAUUUAAGAUCAGCGGUGUUGUGUUCUCCGUGUAUGAGCUCGAAUAAUACUAAUUAGUCAGGUUAUGGCUGAAGUCACUCUUUUCGAAUUUCAACGAUGUAGUUUUGAGAUGUUAUCGACAUUGUUCACUUUCUUUUUACACUUUUCUUCUGUGGGUGAAUUAGUUUAAACUUGUUAUGAUGCUCUA